AUGUGUUUAAGAGAAAAUAUAAUUAACUGGUUUUGUGGUUCUGUUGCAGCUCAAAUUGAAAUUAUUCCAUGCAAGAUCUGUGGAGACAAAUCAUCAGGAAUCCAUUAUGGUGUCAUUACCUGUGAGGGCUGCAAGGGUUUUUUCAGGAGGAGUCAGCAAAGCAACGCCACGUACUCCUGUCCUCGUCAGAAGAACUGUUUAAUCGAUCGAACUAGUCGAAAUCGUUGCCAACAUUGUCGAUUACAGAAAUGCCUGGCUGUAGGGAUGUCUCGAGAUGCUGUAAAGUUUGGCCGAAUGUCAAAAAAACAGAGGGACAGCUUAUACGCGGAAGUGCAGAAACACCGGAUGCAACAGCAACAGCGAGAUCACCAACAGCAACCCGGAGAGGCCGAACCAUUGACACCAACAUACAAUAUCACUACUAACGGGCUAACAGAACUGCACGAUGACCUCAGUAAUUACAUUGAUGGGCAUACCCCUGAAGGUAGCAAAGCAGACUCUGCAGUUAGCAGCUUCUACUUAGACAUACAGCCUUCUCCAGACCAGUCGGGGCUUGAUAUUAAUGGCAUCAAACCAGAACCGAUAUGUGACUACACACCAGCGUCGGGGUUCUUUCCUUAUUGCUCUUUUACAAACGGAGAGACUUCUCCUACUGUGUCCAUGGCAGAAUUAGAACAUCUCGCACAGAACAUUUCCAAAUCACACAUGGAAACCUGCCAGUACUUGAGGGAGGAGCUACAGCAAAUAACAUGGCAAACCUUUCUGCAAGAAGAAAUUGAGAACUACCAGAGCAAGCAGAGGGAGGUAAUGUGGCAAUUAUGUGCGGUGAAAAUAACAGAAGCAAUACAGUACGUGGUAGAGUUUGCCAAACGCAUUGAUGGCUUUAUGGAAUUGUGUCAAAACGAUCAAAUUGUGCUUUUAAAAGCAGGGUCUUUAGAAGUUGUAUUUAUCAGAAUGUGCCGUGCCUUUGACUCCCAGAAUAACACAGUGUACUUUGAUGGCAAAUAUGCUAGCCCCGAUGUUUUCAAGUCAUUAGGUUGUGAAGAUUUCAUUAGUUUCGUUUUUGAAUUUGGAAAAAGUUUAUGUUCUAUGCACCUUACCGAAGAUGAGAUUGCGUUAUUUUCUGCGUUUGUUUUAUUGUCUGCAGACCGUUCCUGGCUUCAGGAGAAGGUAAAAAUAGAAAAGCUACAGCAGAAGAUUCAGUUAGCUCUUCAGCAUGUCUUGCAAAAGAAUCACCGGGAAGAUGGAAUCUUAACAAAGCUAAUAUGCAAAGUGUCUACGUUACGAGCACUGUGCGGGCGACAUACAGAAAAGCUCAUGGCAUUUAGAGCAAUAUAUCCAGACAUUGUGCGUCUUCAUUUUCCUCCACUGUACAAGGAGUUGUUCACUUCAGAAUUUGAGCCAGCGAUGCAAAUUGAUGGGUAAACAUAUCACCUAAGCACUUCUAGAAUGUCUGAAGUACAAACGUUAACAAGGAGGAAAAAAAAACAAAAAAAAGAUAAAUGAAAACAAGACACUUUAUCUGGCCCUGCUUAGACCUAGGGAGCCAACUCACUGCACAUCUUCUGGCGAUCGGGGUCAGGCAAGAAAUUUUUAAAAAAAAGGAUGGGAAAAAUGAAACAAAAGUUGAACUUGUUUUUCUCACGCAUAUGAUUUCCAUUACGCCUACCGAUACGGGCCCUUUUUCUGUCUCAACUUCUCAGUCUCUGACCUCUGUUUACACAGAAUGAGGGUACUAAAAAUCAGGAGGUUUCCUUUUCCUUGUAACCCACUCUGCCCGCAGACUUUCAAUAGAACAACGUUUUGUUUGGUUAAGAACGGUUUUGUCUCCAGCUAGAAACCAGCGACUGGUGUGCAUUGCAGAGGCUUCAGCAUCAGUUUUGCACAGCUUGCUCAUUGUUUCAUGAAGGACGAUUUCUUUUCACCCGGCUGUCGACUUGCCGGUAGGCAGAACGGCAUGAAAAGGGUCCAUAAGCAAUAGCAACAAUAGCAUUUAUAAUCUAUUACAGGGUA